GGCCAUGGAGCGGAUUCCGGCGCUGGGCUUGGGCACCUGGCAGGCGGCUCCAGGGGAAGUGACAGAGGCAGUGAAACUGGCCAUCGACGCCGGAUAUCGGCACUUCGACUGCGCCUACUUAUACCACAACGAGAGUGAGAUUGGAGCCGGGAUCCAGUGCAAGAUCAAGGAGGGCGUGGUGAAGCGGGAGGACCUGUUUAUCGUCAGUAAGCUCUGGUGUACCAGCCAUGAGAAGUCCCUGGUGAAAGCAGCGUGCACCAAGAGUCUGAGGGCCUUGAAGCUGGAGUACCUGGACCUCUACCUCAUACACUGGCCCAUGGGUUUCCAGGCCGGGGAAGAAGACAUGCCCUUGGACCCCAGCGGCAUGGUGAUACCCAGUGACACCGACUUCCUGGACACGUGGGAGGCCAUGGAGGACCUGGUGGUCAUGGGGCUGGUGAAAGCCAUUGGGGUGUCCAACUUCAACCACGAGCAGCUGGAGAGACUUUUGAACAAACCCAACUUGAGAUUCAAGCCAAUGACUAACCAGGUUGAGUGCCACCCAUAUCUGACCCAGACGGACCUGAUCCGUUUCUGCCAGUCCAGAGACGUGUCCGUGACCGCGUACCGGCCCCUUGGUGGUUCCAGUGAGGGGGUGGACCUGAUGAAUGACCCCGUGAUUCAGAGGGUGGCCCAGAAGUACAACAAGUCUCCGGCCCAGAUUUUGCUCCGAUUUCAGAUCCAGAGGAAUGUGAUCGUGAUCCCCAAAUCAGUCACCCCAAAGCGGAUUCUUGAGAAUAUCCAGGUGUUUGACUUUGAACUCUCAGAACAGGAUGUGAAUGACAUCCUCAGCAUGGACAGGAACUUCCGAAUGUGCCGGCUACCCAUAGCUGUGAACCACAAGGACUAUCCUUUCAACAUAGACUACUGAGCAUGGCUUCCCCCUUCCUCCUCCUGCUGCCUGGAUAGACACCCCCAGCUCCCA